AUGUCUGAUUCAAAGCACCAAGACGUCGACAACACCAGCAAUGGCGAGGAACAGGUCUCAACUGGCGAGAAGCACCAGAUUCAGCAUGACUCUCCUGAUGCGAAGCGCACCAAGAAAGAGGCUGGCCAGACGACUCUAGAUGAUGUGGUGGUGAUUUCGGAUGAUUCGAAGGACAAUGACAGCGCUGCGGAGAAAGAAGAGGACACCAAGGCCAAGUCUGACAAGAAGGAGGAAACCAAUGGCGAAGAGCCCAAGCCGGAUGACAAGAAAGAGGCCAAUGGCAAAGACUCUGAGACCAAUGGAAAGCAGGAGACCAACGGAAAGGAUGCUGUACAGCCUUCAGAGGAGCCCGACGUCCCUUCAAGCAUCCUCGAAAAGGGCAUCAUCUACUUCUUCAUCCGUGGUCGCGUCAAUCUCGAAGACCCCGAGAGCGUCGAUGAUAUUGCUCGUUCCUUCAUCAUGCUCCGACCCAUCGAAAAAGACGCUCGUCUCGGUGACGGUCCCAUCGCUGACUCCGGCAACACUCGCAUCCUCGCCCUUCCCAAGAAGACGCUUCCCGAGAGUGGAAAAGAGCGCUACAUGGUAUUCGUCGAAAAGUCCGGCGUCUCGUAUGAAGAGAUUAAGAAGGAGUUCUUGUCCGCAGACGAGUAUGAAACCAAGACUGCUGGUACACGUCGUACACCGCCUGCUAAGCCUGUUGGUGAGGGCGUGUAUGCCAUUACAUCGACUGGUCGAGAGAGCCAUCUGGCUUAUUUGACGACGCUGCCUGAAAAGCUUGAGGAGGUCCAGAAGGAAUUGGGACUGAAGGAGAAGGGAAGCUUCAUCAUCAGCACCAAGAACCCACAGUAUCCAGGACCUCAGAACGCUCAAUUACCUCAGGGGCCCGACUUUCCCAAGGAAAUCAUUGAUGAGUUCCGCUCUCUGCGCUGGCUUCCCUCCAAGCCAUCCCACUUUGACUACCCCAACGCUCAAAUCCUUCUCAUCGGUGAAUCAGAUGGUAUUGAGAAGGCUGUUGAGCCUCAGAAGAAGGAUCAGAAGGAUGGAAAGGAGGAGCCCGAGACGGUACUUGAGCAUCUUGAGGAUGACGAUGUGAAGCGCAUGAAGCAUCUUGGUGAUGACCAGUCUGCAGCUAUCUAUGCGGACUUGCACGUCCAGGCUAAGGAUUAUCCCAAGAUGCAGACGACCUUUUAA